AUGCAAUUUGUAGUGCCGAAAGAACGCCCUGAAGUUUAUAAGACAGAGUGUAUGUACUGUGCCAAGUCGAUUGAGACGAAGCUACUUGAUACGUUGUAUGUGUGCUUAAGAGAGGGCCACUGCUUCUGUGAUGAGUGUGUUUUCAAACACAAACAAGUCAGUGGAGAUGACUUGUAUUUAGUCAUUCACCAAAUACCAAACACUGAGCCUGAAGAUCCCAUCUGGGGAAGAACAACACAACCGGAUUUGGAGUUUUGGUUGGUCCAAACUUCAAAUUUUGAGAAAAAAAUCGAGAUAGAAGGGUUGGAGGAGAAUUUAAAGGAAUAUGUGAAAUAUUUCAUAUCAUGCACUGCGAAAGAAAAGAAGGUGGAGAUAGCAAGUACAAGAACAAAGACAUACGCCAAAGAAUUGACUCAGAAACCUAGAGCCAUCCCAAUUGAUCUGAAGAACUUGAAGUGUGAGUUUGAGGGGUGUGAUGUCACUGAUAAUCUGUGGCUUAAUUUGUGUGAUGGAAGUGUCUUGUGCGGGAGAGAACAAGCUCUUGUAAAAGGACACUCGCACGCGUUGAAACACUAUGAUGAAAGUAAAAUGCCACUCGUUGUCAAGUUGGGAACUAUUGAUAGUGAUGGAAACGCUGAUAUUUAUGACUAUGAAAACGACACCGAUGUCACAGACCCACUCCUCGGUAAGCACUUGGCUUUUUAUGGCAUCGACAUGUCUAAAUUGGUAAAAACGCAGUUGUCACUUGACGAAAUAGCGAAAGAGGCAAUGCUCAAAAUGGAAAGAGAAACGAUUGAAGAGGCUGGGGUGGAACAUAUCCCCUGUGAAGGGCCAUACAUGACUGGAAUACGAAACAAUGGAAACACAUGUUAUGCUGCAGCAGCCACACAACUUCUUUUUGCUAUACCAGAGGUGGUGGACUAUCUUGUUUCUCAUUAUGAUACAUUUUUAAAAGAGAAUUGGAGAAAUGUGGAUAAGAGCUGUACGUUCCAAUUGAUGCGACUUGCGAAAGGGUUUGUUGAUGGGAAGUGUUCGCAAAAAUUUGCGGAAAAGGGUGAUGGGCAGAUUGGGCUUUCAAUUACUGGGCUGAAGCGUGCCGUUGGGUUUCAACAGAAAAUGUACUUAACAAAUGAGCAACAAGAUGCUGAAGAAUUUCUUGGGUACUUACUUGGAAUUGUUGAGAGUGAAGGGUUGAGGAUUAUCGACGACAAUACUAAGAUAAUGAUGUGCAACGAAAUCAAAGCAGUCAAAUCGACUUAUCAAAAGGAGGCGGAGAGGACUUUAGGAAUCAUGUUGGACGUUCCAUUUAAAGUGUUAAUGGAGAGAAAGCACAUUGAUUUAAACAUAGAGGACAUGAUUAAAAAUUAUGCGGCACCGAGUCCAAUUGAUAAUUAUCGAGUCGAUGGCCAAAUUGUGAACGCAAUACGAAGGUGUCGAGUACAAAAGUUCCCAAAGUACAUACUCAUUAAGUUACAACGAGAUAUUCCUAUUAGUUUUGAAGACAUGAGAAAGGUCGAUGCUGAUGUUCAUGGCAUGGAGAUGUUGGAUUUGGGGAUUUUAAAAAGCACUGGCGAAAAACCACAAGAAGACACAAAAGUAGUUGUGAACAAAGAGUCUUUGGGGAUGUUGGUGUCAAUGGGGUUCGACCAGAAAAGCUCUGAAAUUUGUUUGAAGGUAUCAAAUAAUAAUAUUGAGGUGGCGAUUGGGAUACUGACUUCUGGCGAAAAAAUCCCCGAAGAUCCAGACACUGUGGUGCAACACAACGAAGAUAAUCAAUACGAAGAGUUGGUCAAAGAAUUGGUUGAAAUGGGAUUCAGUGCUUCAGUGAGUAUAAAAGCACUUCAAAUCACACAUGGUAAUAUAGAGGAAGCUAUUAUUAUGGCAGCGAAUGGAGAAGUUCCAGAAGGCGAAGAAGAGAAGCCACAAAAGAUGGAAGAGGUGGAGGUCGACCCACGAAGUGGAAAGUAUGAGUGUAUUGCAUUUGUAUCUCACAUAGGAGCAAAUGCAAAUUGUGGACAUUAUGUAUGUCACUCAAAGCAAUUAGACAAAUGGAUCAUGUUCAAUGAUAACAAAGUUUGCUUCUCACAGAAGCCGCCAUUUACAAGGGGCUUUGUCUACUUGUAUCGUACACUUGAUUAA